AUGGACCAGUACUAUUGCGGUCACGAGGAUUGCAAUGGCCGCUUCGAGUCACACCAAAAGCACCUGAUUUAUACGCCUCGUGAUCAAUGCAGUAUCUGCAUAGAGGAGGACAAGGUCAACAUUGGCCUUGCCACCAAUACAGGCAGGUACAACCCCCCUGUUAGCGAUUUGGGACCAAUUCAAGGGGAAAAUGAAGAUUUGCAUGAUCAGUGUAACAACCGCAGGGACUACAAGGCUCUCUCCGACGUAGACAGCGUGACAUCUCAUUGGCGCCUAGACGAUCUUGACGACACACUCGAAACCAAGCCUGAGGCUCAAUCGUCACUACAC